AACGCUUCCAAACAUUGCCCAAACAUUUCAAUGCGGGAAAAACAAUUGAAAAUUACUACUAAAAUCCCCCCAAUUGUGUAAUGCUGUCCGGCAUUCUCAAACCUCUACUUUUCACAUUUCCCCGCCGCCCUGCCGCCGCCGUCACCACCGUCAGAACCAUGAGUUCCUCCGGAGAAUCGACCCAGCGAAUGUUUCAGCUAAAAACCGACCCGCUCACUGGAAAAUCGGAAUGGGUCGUCAUCGAAGAAGAUGAAGAAGAGAAAACAACACCAAAAGCCCUUCUCGCAACGACGUCGUAUCUCGACAUGCUUAACGACACCCGCCGCAACAGAGCCUACCGUCACGCCAUUGACAACGCCGUCACUAAACCCUGCCACGUCCUUGAUAUUGGUGCAGGAACAGGAUUGCUGUCGAUGAUGGCAGCUCGUGCAAUGGGGCUAACUGAUCGAAAAUGUGAUAGCUCGUGUUCGAAUGGGAAGGUGACAGCUUGCGAGUCGUACCUUCCCAUGGUAAAAUUAAUGAGGAAAGUUCUUCGAUCCAAUGGCAUGGAUGGUAAAAUACGUCUCCUAAACAAGAGGUCGGAUGAGUUGGAAGUGGGGUCCGAUGUCCAUUCGCGAGCUGAUAUUCUCAUAAGCGAGAUCCUAGACUCGGAGUUAUUGGGCGAAGGUCUUAUUCCGACUCUACAACAUGCACAUGAUAACCUAUUAGUCGAAAACCCGCUCACCGUUCCUUACAGAGCAACAACUUACGGUCAGCUGGUCGGGUGCACAUAUUUACGGGAUAUGCAUGAUUUAGUUAAUAGAGAAGCAGAAUUAUCGGACGGUAUUCGUCUUGUUCCGAGUGGGAUGGCUGGUAUUUUAGGCGUCAAAAAGCAGCAGCAAUUUGCAAUGCAUUGUGAUGCACUUAAAGAAGAAAUCAAACUGCUUUCGGAGCCUUUUAAAGUUUUCGAUUUUGAUUUCUGGAGACGGCCGGACAGUUCUUCUGAAACCGAGAUGCAUAUAAAGACUACGAACGAUGGUACAGUUUAUGCUAUCAUCUCAUGGUGGUUGCUUCAGCUAGACAGUGAAGGAACAAUCUUCUAUUCCACAGAGCCGAAUUGGAUACGAUGUCCUGAUGAUGUAAGAGAGUUGGAAUCAUCUUCCAAUAGUUCUGAUAAUUGGUGUGACCAUUGGAAACAAAGUGUUUGGUUCCCACAAAGCGUAGAUCUGCAUGUCUUAAAAGAUGGAGAGGUUCACUUACACGCUUUACAUACCGAAACGAGCAUCUCUUAUGACUUCAAAACUUUAAACAAAAAGCAACAGGUGGCGCAUGUUGAUGCCUGUACCGACGAUUUUCAGAUUGUUCUGUCACCAGAAAGAAACGCAUUAUACGGAGAUAGUAGUUGGAGAUUUUUAAUGCUCAACGCUAUUGAAAAAGCUUUGCGUCAAAGAACCGAUCCCUUAUGUUUAGUUGCGGACGAUAGUAUUUUCUUGGCAAUUGCUAUUGCCCGUCUUUCAAAGAGUUCGAAUGUGAUUCCUUUAUUUCCGGGACUUGGAAAGAAGGGUAGGAAGGAAAGAACUUUGCUGGAUUCGAUUCUAUCAAAAGAUGUGCUAAUAAUGCCUUGUAAAGGACUGUUGAAAGUUUGCGCAAUGUACCUACCCAACCUAUGGAGAAGUCGAUGUUGUCUGAAAGAAGUUGAAGGGUUCGACCAUUCAAUCGUAAAUACCACAUUGGGAGCAUGUGGAGAUUUGCCUCUUACUGAAGAAAGUCCCUUUCUGCCCUUUUACGUUUGGCAGUGUGGAGAAACCAAGAUACUCAGUGAAACGGCCACCGUCUUGGAGUUUGAUUUUUCAAAACCAAUGAGCUCGUGUUCUGGGAAAACUCCGAUUGAAUUUAGAGAAUCUGGAAUAUGCCAUGGAUUUGUGCUUUGGAUUGAUUGGGUUCUCGAAGCGGAGGAUAAUACCGUUUUGUCAACAGGGCCAGAUAAACGACAUUGGAAACAAGCUGUGAAGCUUCUGAAGAAGCCAGUUAAAGUUAAAGAGGGUCAAUUUUCGUCGACAGAAAUCGAAGCAUUCUUUGAUCCCUCUAACGGUGAAGUCAUUCUACAACAUGCCUUCCUCAUGAAUCCAUGUUAGCAUCUAAUAUUAUAAUAAGUUUCUUUUAAACGGUCUUUGACCGUUUUUUUUGUACAAUAUAUUUCAAUAAUCAUCGACCCUAAAUUUUUGAACUAAUAUCUGAUUGUUUGUGUUGGAUUUAUAA